CAAGCAAAGGAGACUUCUGCUUAGAUUGUGUGGAAAUCCAGAACUAUGGCUCGUCAGACUGAAGUGGUGUUGCUUCUUACUCUCGCCAUAGCAGCGACUACUUUUGCCUCAGAAGUGGAGCGUCUGUCAGAUGCUUAUUUUGAAAAGCUCAUAAAGGCAGCUCAAGAGCGUAAAGCAACUGAAAAGUGCUCCUCAUGCUGUCCAACUGGCUGGGUGGAAUUUCGUGGGCGCUGCUUCAUAUAUCAGGGGAGCAAAUUGAACUGGGGUUCUGCUGAGCGACACUGUGUGAAUCUCGGUGGACACUUGGCAUCGAUGCAAAAUGAAAAUGAAUACCAGCUGGUCAAGUCCAUCAUCCGUAUUUAUGACAAAAAUGAGAAUCCAACAUGGAUCGGCCUGUCUAGCUGUCAGACGAAGUAUAACUUUUUUUGGUCUGACGGCACUAAGCUGACUUACACCAACUGGAAUCCAAGAGAACCAAAUCGUAUAUUUGGAGAGUGCUGUGUGCAGAUGAACUAUGGCUCAUACAAGCACUGGAAUGACAUCAGCUGUAGCAGGAAAGUUCCCUUUGUGUGUGUGAAAAAGCUUUAUUGAAGUGUUCACAGCAUCACCAUACCAACUAAUAUACAAUUAUACUAUUAAGAUUUUCUUGUCGAUGAUGGCUUUGAAAAAACCUCAUAGUGGCAACUUAAAAUGAGCAAUAAAGAAUCUUCUGAA